AUGAACGCGUUGACGCAGAUUCAGCGCACGCAAAAGAUCAACGUCGAGGAAGUCGCGAGCGGACGAGACGUCUCGGCGUCGUGGCACGACCAGUUCAGGCACAGCGCGUACGUCUACGCCGGUGGACUCCCGUUCGCGCUCACGGAGGGUGACGUCCUGUGCGUGUUCUCCCAGUUCGGUGAGAUCGUGGACGUGAACGUGGUGCGAGAAGAAGAGACGGGGAAGUCCAGAGGAUUCGCGUUCGUGUGUUACGCCGAUCAACGAUCGACGGUGUUGGCGGUGGAUAACCUGAACGGGUCGACGGUGGGCGGACGGAUCAUUCGCGUGGAGCACGUGGACGAUUACCGAGCGAAGAAUCCAGAGGAAAAAGAGGGACGAGAGGUCGAGAGAGAGUGGAAGUGCGCGUGUGGGAGCGAUAAUUUUAAGUGGCGCGACGCGUGCUUCAAGUGUGGGACCCCGAGACCGGUGACGAAGAGGGAACACGAGGCGGAGCCGGAGCCGGGGAGCGACAGAGCGCGUUCAGUGGAAGACAGUCGCGACGUCGUCGACGCUAUAGGACCGCGCUCGACGAUCGCGGAGGACGACGAUGCACGCGUGGUUCGUGAGCUCAUGGCUCGCAAGGCGGCCGCGAUCGCUCGGGCGGAGGCCGCCGUGAAAGGCUUGCCCAUCCCGGCUGAGGACGACGGACGGGACGCAAAGCGGCACAAGAAGGAGAAGAAAGAGAAGAAGGAGAAACGAGAGAAGCGCCGUGACGAUUAG